AUGGACGGAGAUCUGUAUGAUGAAUUUGGUAAUUACAUCGGUCCAGAUUUGGAAUCAGAUUCAGAUGACGAACAGAGUGUUUAUGGGCAGGAUAAUCGUGACGCUGACGAAGAUGCCAUGGAGGAGGACGAAGAUGCUGAUGUUGAACCUGAAGCCGCGCCGAUGUCGGUAGUCUUACAUGAAGAUAAAAGGUAUUAUCCACAGGCUGUCGAAGUUUAUGGACCUGAUGUUGAAACAGUGGUACAAGAAGAGGACACACAAGCAUUGGAUAAACCUUUGGUAGAGCCAGUAAAGCAUAAAAAGUUUCAAUUGCAAGAGCAACAGUUACCGGAGACCACAUAUGAUAUGGAGUACUUAGCUGACAUGUUAGACAACACAAAUUUGAUGAGAAAUAUUACUUUAAUGGGACACUUGCAUAACGGCAAAACGUCCUUUGUUGACUGCUUAAUACGGCAGACACAUCCUGGAACCAUAAACAAUGAGACCACAAUUCCAAUGAGAUACACUGACACAUUGUUUGUAGAGCAAGAAAGAGGAGUAUCUAUAAAAUCAAUGCCUGUUACACUCUUGCUUAAAAACAUUAAGGGAAAAUCACAUCUGCUAAACAUAAUGGAUACUCCAGGCCAUGUCAAUUUUAGUGAUGAGGUCACUUCUGCAUUGAGGAUAUCGGAUGGGGCAGUUCUAUUUGUUGACGCAGCAGAAGGCAUAAUGCUCAACACAGAACGUCUUCUUCGUCACGCCGUACAAGAGCGAGUACCUCUUACCAUUUGUAUCAACAAAAUUGACCGUCUCAUGCUGGAGCUAAAGCUUCCUCCUGCAGAUGCUUACUACAAACUUCGGCAUAUCAUUGACGAGUUGAACUCACUGGUAGAGACAAAUCAGCCCCAGGAUAACCCAGAUGAACCACCCGUUAUAUUCUCUCCAUUGCUAGGCAAUGUGUGCUUCGCGUCAUCUCUCUACGACGUAUGCUUCACGCUGGAAUCCUUCGCUGCGAUGUACGCGUCAGCGCAUCCGAAUAGUGGACUGCGCGCAUCUGACAUGGCCGCAUGGUUGUGGGGCGAUGUGUACUUCAACGCGAAGACUCGACGUUUCACAAAGAAAUCGCCACACGCGUCAGCCCAGCGAAGCUUCGUCGAAUUUAUAUUGGAGCCCUUGUACAAGAUAUUUGCACAGGUGGUAGGUGAUGUAGACGACACACUACCGGCGGUACUUGCAGAAUUGGGUAUUAAGCUGACGAAGCAAGAAUCAAAGCUUAAUAUACGGCCCCUGCUACGACUUGUUUGCAGUCGAUUCUUUGGAGAUUUCUGCGGUUUUGUAGAGAUGGUGUGCCGACACAUACCCUCCCCGUUGGAUGCGGCCGAGCGGAAGGUGUCUCACUGCUACCGCGGCACCUCGGGCCCUCUCCGCGACCACAUGCUGGCCUGUGAUCAAAAUGGCCCGCUAGUCGCGCACACCACCAAAAUGUACCCCACCGAUGACUGCACAUUCUUUUUGGUGCUGGCACGAAUAAUGUCGGGCACAUUGUACGCCGGGCAGUCGGUUCGAGUGCUCGGCGAGAACUACAGCGCGCAAGACGAAGAGGACUCGCGAAUUAUGAACGUCGGGCGGUUGUGGAUAUAUGAAGCUAGGUAUAAGGUGGAACUGAACCGCGUGCCGGCUGGUUGCUGGGCGCUGGUGGAGGGUAUCGACCAGCCCAUAGUGAAGACCUGCACGCUGGUGGCUGCUGACGAGGACGCUCCACUGCACACAUUCCGUCCACUACGUUUCAAUACGCAUGCCAUUGUCAAGAUCGCCGUCGAACCUGUUAAUCCAUCCGAGCUACCUAAGAUGCUGGACGGCUUAAGAAAGGUGAACAAGUCGUACCCGGUGCUGUCGACGCGCGUGGAGGAGAGCGGCGAGCACGUGAUCCUGGGCACGGGCGAGCUCUACCUGGACUGCGUCAUGCACGACCUGCGCAACAUGUACUCCGAGAUCGACAUCAAAGUGGCGGACCCGGUGGUGUCGUUCUGCGAGACGGUGGUGGAGACAUCGUCGCUGAAGUGCUUCGCGGAGACGCCCAACAAGCGCAACAAGCUCACCAUGAUCGCCGAGCCGCUGGAGCGCGGCCUGGCCGAGGACAUCGAGGCGGGCGCCGUCUGCGUCUCCUGGGACCGCAAGCGCCUCGGCGAGUUCUUCCAGAACAAAUACGACUGGGAUCUGUUGGCCGCUCGUUCAAUAUGGGCGUUCGGGCCGGACGCAACCGGGCCGAACAUCCUUGUCGACGAUACACUGCCGUCCGAAGUUGACAAGCAUCUGCUCGCCUCCGUCAAAGACAGCAUUGUACAAGGUUUCCAGUGGGGGACGCGCGAGGGUCCGCUAUGUGAGGAGCCCAUACGCAACGUCAAGUUCAAGAUCCUGGACGCCGUCAUCGCGCAGGAGCCGUUACAUCGUGGCGGAGGACAAAUCAUCCCGACAGCUCGAAGGGUUUCGUAUUCAGCGUUCUUGAUGGCUACGCCGCGUCUGAUGGAGCCCUACUUGUUCGUGGAAGUGCAGGCGCCCGCCGACUGUGUCUCCGCCGUGUACACCGUGCUCGCCAAGCGAAGAGGCCACGUGACGCAGGACGCCCCUGUUCCCGGGUCGCCACUGUACACAAUCAAGGCUUUCGUGCCGGCUAUCGACUCGUUCGGCUUCGAGACGGACCUGCGCACUCACACGCAGGGGCAGGCCUUCUGCCUCCAGGUCUUCCACCACUGGCAGAUCGUGCCCGGAGAUCCACUUGACAAGAGCAUUGUUAUAAGACCUCUCGAACCCCAGCCGGCGACACAUCUAGCCCGCGAGUUCAUGAUCAAGACGCGACGGCGCAAGGGUCUCAGUGAAGACGUCUCAAUCAACAAGUUCUUCGACGACCCCAUGUUGCUCGAACUUGCCAGACAGGAUGUGCAACUAAACUGA